AGUCUGAGUGUGUUUGUGCUGGACUAAAAACACAGAGCGACAGAGGGGAACACACACGUCCUGAGGUGCGGUGUCGUGUGUUAUUUGACAGGACACUUUUACAGAGAAGGUGCGCGCGUAUACGUGCGUGGAUACUGUUGCGCAAGAGCGCUUCAUACACCCACAAGGACAGAGCUCAGUUGAGUUAUAAACUCAAGAAACUCUGGAUUCUCGAGGAUAUUGAAGAUGGGUUUACAGUGAGCGAGCCUUCAUCCCUGAAGACAUACUGGCGUUUGGAGAGGUUGACAACACAGUUUGCGCAACUCACCGGAGCGCGACCAUGUCUCCAAACCAGAAGUUUUACAAUGGACGUGAAAGAGAAGAAAACACGAGGAUCUGAAUCUGUCUGAGAUUUGAUUGCUUUUAUUGUGUUUUUAUUUCAAGGAAGAGCGGAACGUUCCACGGUCAUAGAACUGUGUGAUCUUGUGCAAAUGCGCACCAUUAAAACACAGACCUUCAUAUACCCUCACUUUUUACUUUUGCAGAAGAAAUGUGAAAUACCCAAAUGGAAUCGUACAAGGAUUUGAAGUGUGAAGUUCUUAUCUGUAGGACUUGCCUUUAUGGUUUGUGAAGUCUUCUUUUGGACAUCAGUGAAGCAUUCAUAGGAAUAAACUUUAUUUUAAAGGCAAACAGCCACCCAGGAGCUGUAAAACUCAUUGAUUUGUCUGUCAGAUGUGAAUUCGUUUAGACUUUUAAAAAUAGUCCUUCACUAUUUUUCGCGUGAAUAUUGCUGUUCUGGACCCCGAGGUGGCUCCGCAGUGGUGUUGCGGCUCCUCGUCCGCGGCGGAUCCGGAGAUCGGAGUGUCUGCGGCGGCGGGAGGCGGCGGAGGGACCCCGGCAUCACCGCAGGGUCCUAAGAGCGGUCGGCUGAAGAGGAUGUUGCGGCUGGCGGCGGAGCUGCUGUUACUGCUUGGACUCCUUCUACUGACUCUACACAUCACUGUGUUGCGGAGCAGUCCGCUUCAGCAGGGGAAUGACACUGUGAGCGCAGAGCAGGACUCACAAGUGCAGAAUAAGGUCAAUGCAGAAAGCACCUCCUCCGUUCAGCUGGGGUCUGGGACGAGAAAGUCCAGAGUGAAUCACAGUCCAGCAUCUCAGCCCUGGGUUCAGAGUCAAGUGACGGGGGGCAGUUUGCAGAGAGACGGUCCUGGAGGUUUCGUGCUGGAUUUGCAUAAGAUCCCUGAUCUUUCAAAAGCAGACAUAAAUCAACAGAACCCCAAUAUACAGGUUACUAUAGAAGUGGUGGACAGUCUUGAACAGCCUGAGUCUGAAAAGGGAACUCGCAAAGAAAACAAGCCGGGCUGGACGUCUCCCAACUGGAGGAACUGGUUUCAACGUUCCUCAUCUUCAUCCUCAGCCUCAACCCCGAAGGUGCCCGAGGAACAGGACUACCCCCCCGAGAGCAACACAGAAGACAGCAACUUCCUCAAGCCCCUCGCUGACUGGGAACGAAGAGGGGCUGCCGGCACGGGGAGCAGAACCCAGACAGAAUACGACUAUAUAGAUGGAGAAGGAGAUUGGAGUAGUUGGUCGCCGUGCAGUGUAACCUGUGAAAAUGGCAACCAGAAAAGGACAAGGUCAUGCGGCUACGCCUGCACCGCCACAGAGUCCCGGACCUGUGACAUGCCCAGUUGCCCAGGGAUCGAAGAUGCCUUCAAGACAGCUGCGACAGAAGUCAGUCUGCUGGCCGGCACGGAGGAGUUUAAUGCAACAGAGCUCUUCGGCGUGGACACGGAUAGUUGCGAGCGCUGGAUGAACUGCAAGAGCGAGUUCCUCAAGAAAUACAUGAGCAAAGUGGCCAACGACUUACCCAGCUGCCCCUGCUCUUACCCAACCGAGGUGGCCUACAGCACUGCAGACGUCCACGAUGCCCCUACCAGACGUCACUUCCGUUGGAAAGACGCGAGCGGGCCAAAGGAGAAGCUGGAGAUAUACAAACCCACCGCACGUUAUUGCAUCCGGUCCAUGCUUACGCUGGAAUCCACCACGCUUGCUGCCCAGCACUGUUGCUACGACGACAGCAUGAAGCUCAUCACACGUGGCAAAGGGUCCGGCACGCCUAACCUCAUCAGCACAGAGUUCUCGGCUGACCUGCACUACAAAGUGGACAUCUUACCGUGGAUCAUCUGCAAGGGUGACUGGAGCCGUUACAACCAGGCUCGACCUCCCAAUAACAGUCAGAAAUGUGUAGAGAACCCUCAGGAUGAGGACUAUUACAAACAGUUUGAGGAGGCCAGAGAGUUCUGAGUUGAAGGUGUAGAAGAAAAAGUUGAACUUAUAAGGACUGAGAACUAAGAAUUAUUGCACAAAUGUGGAAAACUGUGGCUGCGUGUUUGAACAGGACAUGCUAUGAGAAACACACACACAGUUUCCAUUGAGCACAGAAGAGCUCAGGAUCUUCAUGUGGUUUCAUUCAGAAUCUCCGGAUCAUAGUUGUUUUCAUGAAAAACUAUGAAUAAUAAUACCCAAGAUAAUAUCCACGUUACUCUUCAUGAUUCUCUUUGUAUUGCAUAUAUAAGACUUGGGAUAUCUUGACAUCUAAUUUUGUUUAUAAGGAAUACAAGGGGAAAUUAUAUUAUAAAGGGAAAUCAUGUCAGGAAUCAGCAAACUACAUUUUGUGAGCUAUGUAACAUUUUGAAUACAAAGUUCAUGACACUUUAAAAAACAGCAAGAACAACCAGUUUUCAUGUUUUUGCAUGCGUAUUUUGCCCAACAUGCUGUUGGCAAUCCUCUCCUCCGGAUCCAUGGAUCCAUCUAAAAAUAUUGAGUUCUAUAUUGGAAUGUUGAAUAAUGUUCAUAAAAAUACACCUGUCCUUUCGUAUUCCCGUAUUGCUGAAGAAAGUGAAGUCAAUCCCUGCAUAAUCUUUCAAAAAGUAUUUAUUGAGUCAUAGUUAUGUGCCAGUAGGGAUUUCUAACAGAGUUUGUGCAUAGAGAGAUGUAUGGACACAUUUGAGUGACAAAUAAAUGGGCCAUAUCACACAAAAGCUAAAGAUGUGCAGAUGAUUUCUAUCUCGGAUCAAGCUCUGAGGUCAAAGGCUCUUUCAACUUCUCCGGCAGUCAAAUUAGAUCCAUCCUCAAAUAAUAAACUCUUCCAACACUUUAAGCCAUUCCACAAGACUCUUAUUAGCUCCAUCCAGAAACGGACCUAAGCUCUGCUUUUGAUGUCAGAUGGAGAAUAUUCUUCCCCCUUAAACAGGGCUCAAAUUCUCAAAUUCCACAGUAAUUUCUCCAACUAUGAUCUAGCAAUCAUAUGAAUAGAGGGCCACAUUCUUUGGGGAGCACUGAAACAGAGCAUCCCUUUAGAUGUUUAUAGUCAUGUUUAGUUGCACGGGAACAAUUUUAGUAAAAGACAAAAAUUCAUUGUAUGGGUCACAAUUAUAGAUUUAUAGAUGCCAAAAAUCAUUAGGAUAUUAAGUGGAGAUCAUGUUCCAUGAAGAUAUUUA